UCUGAAAAUAAUGACAUCUUUGACAAGUAUUCUAGCUUUUCGUGCCAAUAGACAAUCUCUCACAACCUCCAUAUAUUUUAGUCCAGCAAUGUUGCAUGCUUCUGUAGACAAUCAAUGGGUUGAUUGCCCUGGAUUUACAUUAAUUAAUGACAUAUUUAUAAUUGGGGUAACAAUCCUUGCAAUGACAGAGCUUUCCACUGUCCUCUGGAGGUAACGAUGUAUUCCUUACAGAAAAUUUCGCUUUCUGCGAAAGUUUUUACAUUGUUUGGAUUGCUUUUUGUUGUCUCGGCAAACGGAGAAGUUAUCUGCUCAGCUAAAAUGAACGUGGGCUUUGCAUUGGAUGCAUCAAGCAAGACGGGAGAGGAGAACUUUGUAUCAACGUUGAAAUUCGCAGUAAAUGUGUCUAAGUACGUAAACGUGGAUGCAGCCGACACGUGGAUUUUUCUAGCAUACGGGAAUCAAAAACGAGUGUUUAAAACAAGAUCAGACCUUCAUUCCUUAAUGCCUGAGUAUGAACAGUUCCCCAACGCAACAGAAACUCUCGUGGGAGCUACGCUGACAAACAUGGCAGAACAGUUUUUGGACGAGGGUCAUCAAAGAGAUGCUGUCGACAUUGCGAUUUUGAUCGCAAGUCAAAUAUCCAUGGACGAUAUAGGUCACCCUGCAGUCAUGUUAAAGAAGCAAAAUGCAACUGUUUUUGCACUUGGGGUUGGAAGUGAUUACUCGGGGGGUCAAUUGAAAGAAGUAGCUUCGGACCCUGACAGUGAUUACUUCAUUGCCUUGAGCAGCUGGAAUGGAUUGGAUGAGUAUUUGGCAAAGAAAUUAGCAAGGAAAAUCUGCCAAGUUGAGGACAGUUGUGCGAGUUCUCCCUGCCAAAACGAUGGUAAAUGCAAUAGUUUCAAGGGUAGCUACAACUGCACAUGCUCUGUGGGAUUCUACGGCGACCAGUGUGAGAAAAGUCGUUCCCUGGAAUAUCUGUCUCUCGGAUGUUUCGUAGAUGAUGCGAACGCACACGCUCUUAUUUCGAUGGAAAAUGGAAAUGCAACAUUUUUAGAUGUACCAUAUCGAACAAGAGACAAGGCAGUCAUGAAAUGCGCUUUAGAGGCUGCUAAAAACGACUACAAGGUGUUUGCUCUUCAAAAUGGCGGCGAGUGCUUCUCCGGUUCCGCAGCUCUUAGCAGGUACGCUAUGUAUGGUGACGCACAUUGUCCUGAUGGAGGAAAAGGCGGUCCCCUCAUCAAUGAGGUUUAUCUUCUUGGAGCCAAGUGUGGAAAGAUGUUACGGAAUGGCCUGAUUCACGUCUCGAAAUCAACGGUUCGAGGUUCGUCUUACAAAGGAUCCUGGAACGUUCCAGUUCUAAAUGGAAGUUACUCUUGGUGUCCAACUGAUGGUGACUCCCGCCCAUAUUUUGAAAUUGAUCUAGCGAGAGAAGUAUACUUGUCUAAACUCUUUGUGCAAGGAAAGCUGGGCGCAGCGAACUCAAUGGAGAAAAUCUGUGUGAAUUAUACUUCGGAUAGUGAAACUCCCGAUGGGGAUUUGCCUUGUACUCUUUUUGAAAAGUAUAUGUCAGGUCAAAGUGGAGACUACGGCUAUGACCAUGGGGUGUCACCACCUUUCCUCAUCGACUCAGUGCGCCUGGCGCCUUCUUCCAAUAGUCAUGAUGGCAGGUGCUUGAGAACAGAUCUUGAAGGCUGUGUGACGACCGUGACAGAGGGAGAAGAAGUGACGAAAGGUUGCUACCCAACACAGAGGAACAAAUGUUGCGUUUUCCCAUUCUGGUACAUGGGACAUCAACGAUACUCGUGUAUUAAGGACAAUCACAACCAACCAUGGUGUGCAACUACUGAUAAUUAUGACAGAGACCAACUCUGGGACAAUUGCCAAGGAAUUUCAAGCCCCUGUGACACAACGCCAUGUCACAAUGGUGGUACUUGUGUUGAAAACUUGGAGGAUUGGACUUAUAAUUGUAUUUGUGAUGAUGGGUUGUCAGAUGGCAAUUGCCAGGAUGAUUAUGAUGAAUGCUUUAACAGCCCUUGUCAGAAUGAAGGAACAUGUGUAAACACCUUUGGAAGUUACAGGUGUGAGUGUAAUCAUGGAUACAGCGGCAAAAAUUGUCAUUUAAAUUGCAGUUACAACAAGAUUGAAUUAGUUUUCGUGGUAGAUGGCUCUUCUAGUAUUGAAUACUAUGGCGAAAAUAACUUCCAUAUGAUGAAAGAUUUCAUGAAGAACCUCACUCGUUCAUUCAGUGUCUCAAGUUCCGGCACGCGUGUGGGAGUGGUAGUUUACUCAACAAAUUCUACUGUUGUGUUCACACUGAAUCAGUACGCAAGCCCUGAAAGAGUAGAGGAGGCGAUUGAUAAUAUCGUUUAUCCAAGUGGUGGAACGUACAGCGGAAAGGCCUUGUACCAGACGGCAAAUAAACUCUUUGAUGAUGCUGUAGUUCGGGACAAUGUUCCAAAGGUAUUAGUGCUUCUCACGGACGGGGUUUCCACCGACGACGUCAUACAACCUGCGACGCUAUUGAAUAAUAAGGAUGUGAUUGUUUUUGUGGUGGGAAUUGGUGAGAAUAUUAAUUAUUCCCAGCUCACCCAGAUUGCUUACGGUCAAUCAGAACACGUCUUCAAAUCGGAAUUUUCGUCACUUGGAUUUGUAAUGAAUAACACCAGAGGAGCCAUAUGCAGAGAAGUGGACGGCUGCUCAGACAAUCCGUGUCACUUCAAUGGAGUUUGUACAGAUGCCGGCUUGAAAUGCGCGUGUGCACAGGGAUUCCAGGGUGACUUGUGUACUGAAGAUGUAAAGGAAUGCUCAGAACACGGAGUGAGCUGUGAAUCUGGAAAGAAGUGCACCGAGGGUUUGGGUGGUUUUGAUUGCACCUGUAGUGACUCCUCGAACUAUGGCGACAAUUGUGAUAAAGAUUGCUCCAAGGCGUUCACUAUUCUGUUCUUGCUGGAUAGCUCCUAUAACGUGGGAGAGGACAAUAUAACACGUCAAGUGGAGUUUAUUAUCACGACGGCAUCAACGCUCAGUCACAGUAGCAUCGGUGUUAUAGCAUAUGCCACAGACACCCAAUAUUUAAUCAGCCCAGGAAACUCAUCCAGUUUCUCCGAGUUCGCAAAUAUUUUACGAAACGCUAAUUAUUCCAUGGGUAAAUACAAAAACCUGGGAAAAGCAUUAACGAGGGCACUAGAGGAAACAAAGUUGUUUGAUGAAACUACGGCGUCAGUUGUUGUCGCAAUGGUCGCUGGGAAGGCCGAGGAUGAUUAUGCAGUACCUGCUUCCCUGCUUCGUCAAAGAGGUGUCACCAUCAUCGGUUUGCCGUUGGGUUCACAUUACAGCAUGUCCCAACUAAACAUGUUGGUUACCAAGCCGAGUGAGGAACACUUGUUGAAGGCAGAAUUUGCUGAUCUGACGCAUUUUAUCAGCACUACAAGAAACAAAAUUUGCAGAGCUUCAAAUCCAUGUUCCAGUUCUGACUGCUCAUCUGCUGAGAUUUGCGUGAACAACUAUGGCGAAACUGGAGGAUUUAGUUGCGUAACAGAUUCAUGCUCUCUCAACCCGUGCCAAAAUGGCGGAAACUGCUCCUCCGAUUCUUCUGGAAGCUACACUUGCGCAUGUCCGCAUGGAAUUGGAGGGCAAAACUGCACAGAAGAUAUUAUCAAUGAGUGUGAUUCAGCGCCAUGCAUACAUGGAGGAACGUGUAUUAAUCACCUGGGACAUUUUGAAUGCGAAUGCGGAAAAGACUAUGCUGGACCACAGUGUGAAUUAGCUUGCGUCAAUCAAAAGUUCAACUUGAUAUUUGUCAUGGACGGAUCAGGUAGCAUAGAAAGUCAGGGUAAAGGCAACUUCCAGCGGUCCAAAGACUUCGUGAUUGAUAUGGUGCAGUCGUUCAACAUUGGCAAAGACGACACGCAUGUGGCUGUUGUUCUUUACUCAGAAAAAGCGCAAGUGGUGCUAAAAUUAGGUAAAUAUGUCGACGAAGUCGAGAAAAUCGUAGAUAAAAUUGAAGAAAUGUCUUACCCUGGAGGGAAAACCAACACCGGAUAUGCAUUGGAUAAAGUUCGCAAAGAAGUCUUCGAAGACAUCAAAGGGUCACGCAAAACUGUGCCGAAUGUUGUGAUGGUGUUGACGGAUGGUUUGUCGCAUGAUGACGUUGAAGAACCUGCAGAAGAACUUCGUGAUGAGGGUGCAACUAUUAUUAGUCUUGGUGUGGGCUGUUGUUAUGACAAUGAGGAGCUGAGAGAGAUGGCCUCUGAUCCUGUUGAUGAGCACGUGUUUGCAGUCAGUUUUUCGGCCUUAAGCGAGAUUAAAGGUCUAGUGCGGGAACAGAUCUGUCACGCCAUCGACUAUUGCCACAGUGAUCCCUGUCUCAAUGGUGGAACCUGCAUCAGUCAGCUAACGGACUAUCAUUGUAAAUGCCCAUCUGGUUGGCAAGGAAAGGAUUGUGCAACUGACGUAGAUGAAUGUGACACUGGUAUCACUCAUUGCUCAGAAAAUCAAGUGUGCCAGAACUUUCCUGGAGGAUCUGCAUGCGUGUGUUCAAACAACCGAUUUGGAGCAAAUUGUACCACGCAAUGCAAAUACACUCAAUUUGACGUAGCCUUCCUCCUGGACACUUCGGGUAGCAUUAACAACGCCGGCGAGCACAAUUAUCAGAUCAUGAAAGACUUUAUUAAAGGCAUCGUUAAAUCGUUUGUCAUUGGCCCAGAUGACACAACUGUCGCGGUAGCAACAUUUUCGAGCGCUUCGCGUUUCCUUGUGCAAUUUGAUUUCACAAAAUAUUCCACAAAAGAGGCAAUCGUAGAUGCUGUGCAAAAUAUUCCAUACUAUGGCGGAUAUACUUACACUGGCAUUGCUUUGUAUCGUGUACGAACUCGUCUCUUCCCGCUAGCACGAGCUGGAGUCCCGCAUAUCCUUAUUGUUCUCACGGAUGGUCGAGCAAAUGAUGACGUGGACGAUCACGCCGAGGCCCUUCGUGAUACAGGCGUCCACAUUAUUUCUGUUGGUGUCGGCAACGCGGAUCAUCGGGAGCUCGAAGAGAUUGCCAGCAAGCCCGCCGAUGAGAAUGUGUUUAUGGCAAGUUUUGACUCAGUUGUAAGUCUUGCCAGCUCUAUUCUGGAGGACGUCUGCAAAGUUGUUGAUCAUUGCAUUGGAAGUCCUUGCAGAAAUAAAGGUACUUGCAAUAACCUGCUGAACGAGUACAACUGCACUUGCCCUGGUGGUUUCAAAGGCAGAAGCUGUGAAGAGGUUGACCACUGUUAUGAAAGUCCUUGCAAAAAUAAUGGAACUUGUUACAACUUUGAAGCUAAUUACACAUGUGGAUGCCCACCAGAGUUUAAAGGGAAAAACUGUGAAGAUCGAAAACAUUGUUACGAUUCUCCUUGUUUAAACGAUGGAACUUGCCACGACCUUGGGGACAGUUAUACUUGUGACUGUCCGAGGGGAUUUGAAGGCGUUGAUUGCGAAGUGGUUGACCAUUGUAGUGAAAGUCCUUGCCAAAACAAUGGGACCUGUCUUAAUCUUGCCAACAACCACACUUGUGACUGUGUUAUGGGAUUUACAGGGAAGUACUGCGAAGCCGUGGAUCAUUGUCGUUACAGUCCCUGCUUGAAUAACGGAACCUGCCAAAAUUUUCCGGACAACUACACCUGUGAUUGUACAUCAGGGUUUUCAGGACCAAGCUGUGAAACCAAAGAUCACUGCUUCGACUACCCAUGUCAAAAUAAUGGAACAUGUCACAGUAAUUCUGAAAACUACACGUGUUCAUGUCUUCCAAGUUACACCGGACAGAACUGUGAAGCUAUAGAUCAUUGUCACUACAGUCCCUGCUUUAAUAAUGGAACUUGCCAAAAUUUUCCAGACAAGUACACCUGCGAUUGUAUGGCAGGGUUUACAGGACGAAGCUGUGAGACCAAAGAUCACUGCUUUUACAACCCAUGUCAAAAUAAUGGAACAUGUGAUAGUAAUUCCGAAAACUACACUUGUUCGUGUCCUCCAAAUUACACUGGAAAAAGCUGUGAAGCCUUUGAUCAUUGUCACUACAGUCCCUGCUUGAACAAUGGAACCUGCUAUAAUUUGCCGAUCAACUUCACCUGUGAUUGUAUGCCAGGGUUUUCAGGACCAAGCUGCGAGAGUGAGUAUCAUCGAUGUUCUUACAGUCCUUGUCUAAAUAAUGGGACAUGUGUUAGACUAUUCGAUAACUACACUUGUGAGUGUCCAGAGGGAUACAAUGGACAGAUCUGCGAAGUUAAAGAUCACUGUUUCGGCAACCCGUGUCUAAACAAUGGAACAUGUCAAAGCAAUCCUGAAAACUACACUUGUUCGUGUCCCCCAAGUUACACUGGAAAGAGCUGCGCAGAGCGAGAUUAUUGUCAUAGCCACCCUUGCCGACAUAAUGGAACAUGUCACAAUCUUCCAAACGAUUACAAGUGCGAAUGUCCUUUAGGAUUGACAGGGGUAAACUGCGAAGAGAUUGAUUACUGCCAUGAAAACCCUUGCCACAAUAAUGGAACCUGUAUUAAUGAUUUUGAAGAUUACAUUUGCUAUUGUCCUGCCAACUUUACAGGACAAAACUGCGAAGCUCAGAACUAUUGUUACAACAGUCCUUGCCAAAACAAUGGAACGUGUCAAAAUCUAGAUGAAGGGCGCAAUUGUACUUGUGCUUCCGGUUAUUCCGGAACGAGCUGUGAAGUGGUGGAUUCCUGUUUCAACAAUCAAUGCUUGAACAGUGGGACAUGCCUCAACUCUGAAAAUGGCUAUAAUUGCACUUGUCUUGCAGGAUUCAGUGGAAGAAAUUGUGAAGUGGAAGAUUUGUGCGUUUCUCUGCCCUGUAAAAAUGGAGGGGUGUGUACCUCGUUUGAUGGCGAUUACAACUGCGACUGCACUCUUGGUUUGAGGGGGAAAAAUUGUGAGGAAGAUAUUGACGAGUGUUUCAACAACCCCUGCUUGAAUGGAGCAUACGGUUGUAGAAAUACCUUUGGCAGUUACGAGUGUAUCUGUGCACCAAACUUUACUGGGAUCCAUUGUCAAAUAGGACUGGCUACGGACAUAUUUGAUCUAAUGUUCCUUUUUGAUGGGUCAGCUCACCUUGGAUAUCAUCUUUUCCGAAAAACACUGCAGUUUGCAAACACAAUUUUGUCUGACUAUAACAUUUCCCAACAUCAAACCAAUGUGGCUGCAGCAGUCUAUGCGACGACUGCAGUUAUUGGAUUUAACUUCACUGAGCACUACGAUGAUUCCACCGUAACAGCUGCCAUUGAGAAUUUACCAUUCAUAAACGAGACAACCGCUUCCAUUGAAAAUGCUCUGCGCCUUGCUAGGAGGCAGAUAUUUGAAACUGGCAGAGAAAACGUACCUGACGUCCUUGUUGUUUUCGUCGGUCACUUACUAAUUGGUGAUUUUACAGAAGUUUCCAAAGACCUUCGUGAUAAAGGAAUAAAAAUCGUUGUCGUUGGAAUUGGAGACGGUUACGAUAUCAAACAAUUAGACGUGGUUGCGAGCGAACCAAAAGACGAUAACGUUAUUACAAUACGCGAUGCACACAUGGAUGUUCUGGAAGGUGGUGUCAGCGGUGCUGUAAGUCAAGUUGUUGAUCCUUGCGCUAGCUUUCCCUGUCGUUUUGGAGGGAACUGCAGUAGAACUGCGCGAAACUACACCUGCUCUUGUCCAGUGGGCUUUGAGGGACCAACUUGUGAAGAAGAUGUAAAUGAAUGCCUCAUAGACGCUCCAAAUUGCACUCAUGGAACGUCCUGUAUUAAUACUUUGGGAGGUUAUCAAUGUGUGUGCAUAGGCGGACGGUAUGGUGCCAAUUGCCAAUAUGCCUUUGAUACCAAAUUGGACAUUGCCUUCUUGAUUGAUGGAAGUCAGUCAGUAACAAAAGAGACCUUCCUCACAUUUACCUCCUUCACCAAUGCCGUAACUGCUUCCCUAAAUGUAUCUGAGGACGAAACACAUGCCAGUGUAACCGUUUAUGGUGACAAUUCCAUUCUUGUGGCGAAUUUAAAUGAUCAUUUCAACCAGUCAUCUCUUGAAAAAGCUGUUGAUAAAACUAUGUAUCCUGCAAGUGUCCAAAGUAAUUUAGGAGACGCGAUGUUAUACGUUACUUCUAUUCUCCAUAACGCGAGCAUCUCACGCCCAAAAGUUCAAAAAGUACUAGUGAUAUUGACAGCUAGCAAGAGCCAUGAUGAAAUCGCAGUUCCCUCGUAUCUUUUACUGAAGAACUACAAUGUGACAGUGUUUACAAUUGCUGUUGGGAGUGAAUACAGCCUGGGUCAAGUUAAGGAGAUCUCCUCCGAUCCAGACAGCGACCACAUACUCACUUACGAUUCUGGUAAAGAGCUUAGAUUUGAGGUUGCACACUUUAAAGAAAGGAUGGCUGAAGCACUUGACCCAUGCUCCGGAAAUCCUUGUAUGAAUGGAACUUGUGAAUCUUCAGAAAGUGGCUACGUAUGCAUUUGCCAUCCAGGAUAUUCAGGAAUGAAAUGCGAUAAAGUUCAUGAUCCAUGCAAUCCUGAUCCUUGCAAAAAUGCUGGUACGUGCGAAGUCUUGCCACUCAACUCCUAUUACUGCGCAUGCUCACCGGGCUGGACCGGACCCAACUGCGAAGAAGACAUCAAAGAAUGUUCAUUACCGCACAAAAUUUGCCAGAAUGGAGGAACUUGUGAAGAACGAAUGGGUGACUACCACUGCAACUGUACAGGAGGAUAUGCUGGGAAAAAUUGUGAUAAAGUCUUCAAAGAAACCAUGAUUGACAUGGUCUUUAUGAUAGAUGGAUCUUCCAACCAGAACACAGGAAAUAGAUAUUUUGUCUACAUAAUAAACAUUAUUAAGUUUAUCCUGGGCUAUCUUCAUGAUCCUAACACAAGAAUUGGAGUGGUCCUGUAUUCGUCGGUUAUGAAAACAGAAAGUUACUACAAUUACACUCGAAACCAAACAUUGCAGUCAUUGGAGAACUUACCUACACUUCCUCCUGGGUCACUGAUUGGAAAAUCGCUGAAUUAUACAAGACAAGAAUUCUUCAACAACAGCCGAAAAAAUGCUCACCGUGUUCUUGUUGUUUUCACUGCUGGGACGUCAAACGAUGGUGUCGCAGUUGCAUCGAAAUUACUCCAUAACAUGAACGUAACAAUUCUAGUUGUUGCUAUGGGAGACUGGUACGAUAUCAAACAAGUUGAAGUCGUGGCAAGCCAACCACAUUUAAACACUAUUGUUUUCACAAGUUACUACCAACUUGUACAUAUGAGUUGGAAAAUUCAUGAAAUGAUUUGUGAAGCCGUUGACCACUGCUUCAGCAGUCCGUGUAUGAAUAACGGAACAUGCCACAACUCUUUGCAUGGAUACGAGUGCGCAUGCCCUAAAGGAGUGAAGGGAACUCACUGUGAAGAAGUAAUAGACAAUUGUGUCGUAAACAACACUUGCAGCGAAGGACAAGUUUGUAUCAGCCAGGUUGGAUCACAUGAGUGUGUGUGUCUGGACGGAUUCUACGGGAAAAAAUGCGACAAAGCUUGUAAUACCACGAUGGAUCUUGUAUUUCUUGCGGAUGGGACGGAAGGAGCCAAGAUGGAAAAUUUUUUGCGAAUUAUACGACUCAUCAAAAAUGUCGCGAAAGUACUCCACGUUUCUGAACAAGGAGCGCAUGUUGGUUUGGUGCUUUAUGGCGACGAUUCUCAAAUAAUUCUCAAUCUGAAUUAUCAUUUUAGUUAUACAGACCUUUAUAAAGUUAUUUCCAAGAUUUAUUUGCUUAACAAGAAGAAGCGUUACGUUGGGAAAGGUCUAAAGUAUGUCAAGGACGAGGUUUUUGCUAAGUAUGGUCGCAAUGGUGUCCCCAAAGUCAUUAUCCUUCUACAAAACAAAAGAUCUGAUGACGCUAUAGGCGAAAUCUCACAGGCCAUCAAGAAAUACGGCGUCAAAAUAUUUGCAGUUGGUAAUGGAGACAAGAUGGCGAAAGGGCAACUGAAAGAAAUCGCCUCUAAACCAAUGUCAAUGUACUAUAAGUAUUCUAAGUCUUGGGAUAUAGACACGGCUUUGUUUACAGAAGAGAUGAAGGACUCUGUCUGCAUGGCAUUAAAUCCUUGUUCGUCAUCACCGUGUCGCAACAACGGUACAUGUGUUCCAAAUGAAGAUGGAUACAGAUGCAAUUGUCCACAGGGAUACUCAGGAAGCAGAUGUGACCAAGAAAUAUCCCCAUGUUUUCCGAAUCCUUGCCAGAACGGAGGACAUUGCAUUCGAUCUGGAUACUCGUACACCUGUAACUGUGUGGCUGGUUUUACAUCAGACAACUGUGAAGACGAUAUAAACGAGUGUGACUCGGAUCCUUGCCAGAACAAUGGUCACUGUAACAACCUGCCGGGGAGUUAUCAAUGCGCAUGUCCAUCAGGAUAUUUGGGAACCAACUGUCAGUCAGUUUGCAAACACCAGAAAUUCAACUUGGCUUUCUUAGUUGACGGCUCAGCCAGCAUGAAAACUCUCAACUCAUCCGCUGCUUUUCAAUACAAACAGUUGGUGAAAUCUGUGAUCGACUUCUACAAGGUUGAUAAAGAAGACACUAAUGUCGGUUUAGUGGUCUAUUCGUCAAUCACCAUAACUAAGUUUACCUUCCAAACGCAUUACGCUAAACCAGACAUCAACCAAAUGAUCGACUCCAUGGACUAUCCAGCAAAUGGUACUUACACGGGCUCAGCCCUCAUGGCUGUUCAGAAUGAUCUCUUUGCGCAGGCCCAAUCUGGAAGACACAACUGCCUUGUGACUCUCACAGAUGGAGUGUCCAAUGAUGACGUUUCUUUGCCAUCAGCUCAUCUCAGAGCAAUGAAGGUUGUGACUCUGGCUGUGGGUGUCGGCGAAUUCUACGCAGCAGAAGAGCUUCAACUGAUAGCAUCUACACCGUCCAAUGUGUUUGAGGCUCCGUCCUAUGAUCAGCUUCCAUCUACAGCUGACAGGAUAAAGGAGACGCUUUGUAACGCUGUGGAUCACUGCUACAGCAAUCCCUGCAACAACGGUGGAACAUGUGAAAGUCUAAUGGACAGUUACGAGUGCGCUUGUCCAUCUGGUUAUACGGGAGUCAAUUGUGAAAUGGAUAUUAACGAGUGCGCAGAUAUGGGCUGUGGAGAUAGAAAAAUAUGCAUCAAUUUCCCAGGAACUUCAUUUUGUAACUGCAGACCAGGAUUUUUCGACAAAGAAAACUCUUGCAACCGAGAAUAUUCAGGUACUUUCAAUAUCGGAUUCCUUGUGUACACUGGAGGUGACGUCGACAGCUAUCAGAAGGGGAACUUUAAAAAGCUAGUGGGGUUCGUCAAAGGCAUCGUAAAAACCCUUAAGGAUGAUGGGGACGAAUCACGCAUAGGGAUUAUUGGGUACUCUGACACCCCAUACUUGAAGAACCGAUUGGACAACACCACGCAUUCAGAGCUUGAAGCUGAAUUGGACAAUUUGAACACAACUGGUAAAGGAAGAUAUAUUGGAAAAGCUUUGGAACUAACGAGCAGGGAGUUAUUUAAUCAGUCAAAUGGAGUUACUGGCAGAAAAUCUCGAGACAUCGUUGUUGUCAUAGUAGACGGAAGUUCAGCCGAUGACAUUGCUGUCCCUUCAUUCACUCUAAAAGAAAACAACGUUACAAUAUUUAGUGUUGGUAUUGGUCGGUACAAAAGUGGUCAGUUGAACGAGAUGGCUUCAGAACCCAACUCAGAACAUGUGUUUACUACGAAUGAUUAUGAGGGACUUGGUCCCGUAAUGGCUUCCCUGAAAGAUGCGAUUGUUAAAGAUGUGGAUCCUUGUUCAAUCAAUCCUUGUUUCAAUGGUGGAAGUUGUGUCAAUCAUCCUUCAGGAAACUACACUUGUAUUUGCAAGUCUGGCUGGGCUGGGAAACAGUGUGAAGUUGCUGGAUCACCUUGUAUUCUUUCUCAACUUCCUUGCUAUAAUAAUGGAAACUGUACAAUCGGAGAUGACGGCACUCCUCAUUGCCAAUGUGUUCUUGGAUGGAAUGGCACUAACUGUGAGAAGGACUUGGAUGAAUGCACAAAGAAUCCUUGUUUCAAUGGCGGACAAUGUAUGAACACCCCAGGAAGCUAUUACUGUAAAUGUCCAGUCAAAUUUACUGGGGAACAUUGUCAGACUCGGUGUGAAGGCCAAUUUGUUAACGUCGGUUUUCUGAUUGAUGGAUCCGCCAGCGUGGAACUCUCUGGUAGUGGAAACUUUAAUAAGACACUUGAAUUUGUAAAAGGUUUCAUCGAUUAUCUUGAUGUGUCCGAGGAAAGAGCUCACGUUGGCUUAGCAGUCUUCUCUACUGAUGUUUACCAAGUGUUCAAUUUUGGAGAGUACCAUAACUCAUCGGAAGCUGGAAGAGCAGUGAAUGGCGUCCGUUACCCGAAUCAGGGAAGACACAUUGGGAAAGCAUUGAACUACAUGCGACAUAAGAUGUUCUCAGAGCCUAAACUUCGGAGAGACGUUUCAAAUUACCUGGUGUUAAUAACUAGUGGGUCUUCUUAUGAUCUGAUUAGAACUCCAGCAAAGGAAUUGCGUGACAAAAACGUGACAAUAUUUGCUGUCGGGGUCGGUGAUGACUAUGAUGAAGAUGAACUUCGAGAAAUCAGCGGCGAUGAUGGACGGUUAGUUUAUAGAACGACGUUUGUUGGUUUGGAAAAUUUGAAAACGGAGCUGAAAAGAAAAAUCUGUUCACUUGAAGAUCAUGGCACUUGUAACUCUUCACCGUGUAUCAAUGAGGGAACUUGCAUUAACACAGGGAGAAGUUACCGCUGUGAAUGCUCACGUGGAUACUAUGGACAGGAAUGUCAGUUUGGUUGCGGAUUCAGGGAGCUGGGUCUAAAAGUUCCAAAUGAACGAAGAAUACCAGAUGAUGACAUCACAGCGUCUUCCCAAAAAGAAGAAGGACGAGCAGCAUACCGAGGGAGGAUUGGUGUCGAAACUAUGGGUACAUGGAAAGAUGGUUGGUGCGCAUCCGUUGUAGACACAGCACCUUAUUUACAGGUGUUCUUUGGGUACCUAACAAACGUAUCCGUAAUUGAGACCGAAGGUGUCACCGAUGAUUCAACGAACUCUUGGGUCGAAAGUUAUUAUGUGUCUAUGAGUAACGAUUCUCAACCUGGAUCGUUCGUCAACUACACUGAACAAGGAGUAACUAGAAUUUUUCACGCAAAUGAUGACAUUCAAGGUAAAAAUCUAAGUCUUGAAGGAACGAGAGCUCAUUACAUCCGAAUUCAUCCUGUCAGUUUCACUGGUUCGUCUGCUUGUGUGCGCAUCGCUUUAUAUGGCUGCGACUCAGAGGACUUCCCCUCUUCGGGUAUACUGCUUCGGAGAGUGAAUAACGAAACGCCAGAGGAAAGCGCAGGGUUUGAUCGAAUCAUAGCUGUAAUUCCAGCAGUUUUUGGUGCACUCCUUUUGGGCGGCUCAUUGUUAUUCCUUAUACGUUAUCUUCGGAAGAGAUCUUCACGACAAAUGAAAGGUUAUUCAACAAUGGAAGAAGAAGAAGGAAUCUACCAAACAAUCCCCUCUGAUCUGCCCAUGUAUGAGGUGCAGACUGUGGCAAUCGAGAUGGGCCCUGACAAAGCCUUGAAUAGCAUUGGAAUCUGGAACGAAGCGUACGAGUCUUACGUUAGAGACGAGGAAGAAGAGGAAGGAAUUGAGCGGCAUUAUCAGAGUCUAGAUGACGAAGAAUACGAACAUAUUUACGAGAAUCUACCUUCAGCUUUUGAAGUACAAACGCUGAGUGUGGAGGUGAACGGAAAGGAAGUGGUACCGGGGGAGGUUCACAGUGAAAACGCGUUUUAUGAAAGUGUUUACCCAGAGAGCAAACUCGAAGAGAAACGAAGAAAACAAGGGAUUUUUGAGUUACCGCGAUAUCGGGAGUUGUCAGAGGAAGAAGAUGAUGACUACGACGAUAACGAAGACAAUGGCAGCGAUAACGAAGGUUAUGAGGAUUUUUACGACAAUAUUUUCUUCCCUGAGGAGCCAUCAGAGGAUCAGAAGAAGAGGACACUUACAUUUUCUCCGCAACAGACGGCCGAAGAUGGAAUUUUCUCUUACGAAAACAAGAUUUUUAGCUUUGAUCGCCGAACGACAACGUUGGAAGAAAUCCAGAGGAAGAAGAGUCAAGUUUUUCCAUUCCUUUAAAUUUCCACAAGUUAUUUAUCGUACCAUAGACUGUCUUAAACUGCACUACCCCAGCAUUUGUCAUGCAGUUCUUGUUGCAUAGUUUAAGAUUCCUAUAAACAGUUGAGGCUCACGUUAUUGAUAACUCGAUUGGUACAGAAAACCUGUUUGUAACCGAGGCAUGAAAUACGAUUGUUGUGUGGUUUAAAAAGCGGAGUUUUUUCUUUUUGGAGGUUUCCCCAAAUAGCAUCGUCCACGUAAGGGAGUCUUUUGCAAGGCGUGCCCCAGAACGUUAGACUGAUAUGAGAGUCUUUGUUUUUGGACAGCUAGCAGAAUUAUUUACAGAUGUGUAACGAAAACUGAUGUUUGUAGAUAAACUGUGAUGCUGCUUCAGUGAGGAAAUUACAAGAUAGUUUGGUUUUAUGAACAGAAUCGAUGAGGUAAAUUGGCCACCGUAAAGAGGGGUAAUACCUAUUUGCGGUGCCUAAUUUAGAGUAUCAAACCAAACGAUCUUUCUGUAAGAUUUGAUUGAUUUAAAAUCAUAGAUACGUUAUACAAAGUCCUUGUUCGAUAGCAUUGUAGACGUAUGAUUGAAUAAGUAUAAAUUUAAGCUAAUUUGGUUGUGAUUGUUACGACUUGGCUCCGAUUAUUAAGAUCUCGUCUCGUUUGUUCUAGACCGUAAAAAUCAAUUUUGUUAUCGUUAGUUGGGUGAAAACAGCGCAACAGCGAGACCCUGGAAAACUGGUUUUAAGGUAGUAUACAAUUACUAAACCUAUUCUAUUUUAAACAAAUUUUAUAUCAUAUAUGUAAAUUAAGAAAAAAUCAUGAAUAAACUAACAU